AUGGCACCGGUCGAGAUCCCCGCGCGGACGGGCGCAUAUGUGUCCCUGAAAUCCGGACAGCGGCUCAAAUUGAUCAACCCGCACGGCACGCAGGUCAUUGAUUUCUGGGCCUUUGUGUUUCCUGAAAAGCAGGAGACGUUGACGGGACCAGACACAGAUACAGAUACAAAGAUACCGACCAGUUUCACACGGUCCAGCACUACUGCCGAGCUGGCAACGACACCCACGCCAAUAGCACCGUACCCUUUCACUUCGGGAAUCCAGUACUUCUCGGCCUCGCGGACGAGGAGUAUUCUGUCCAAACUGGUCCCUUCGGCGACCACGCACGACGUCCUCUACACCAACAAAUCGCUCCCGUUGUUCACGCUGGUCGAGGACACGACGUCCGGGAUCCACGACACGCUCUUCGGCUGCUGCGAUAGGUUCCGCAUGCAUAAUCUGGGUCAUCCGGAUUACGAUCACGGCAGUUGCGCGGAGAACAUGCAUCUUGCGCUCGCACGCGCGGCAGAGGACGGCUGCUUCGUACCCGGCAGCGUGAGCACAGAGUGGACGCCCGAUCCGCUGAACGUGUUCAUGAACGUCCCCGUCCUGUCCGGCUUAGACCGCGAGUCGGGCGGCGGGCGCAUCGAGUGUGUGCCGCCGCAGAGCAAGGCUGGCGAGUAUCUCGUUCUACGGGCCGAGAGGGACGUGGUCGCCGUUAUGAGUGCUUGUCCGAAUGAUUUGAUCAAAGGCGUGAAUGCUGGUCAGUGCGUGGGCGUCGAAUAUGAAGUGUUGUUGGAUCUCUGA